AUGUCGAAGGAAUCUAGAUUUUUGGGAUUCAAGAAGGAGAUUUGCGUCAAAGACGGAUCUUCCUGGUCCGAUCAGACCUUCACGGUCAGGGCGAAGUUUGAAGUCAGAACGCUGACUGGACUGGAGGAUCUCAUCUACGAGGACAACUGUCUUUGCGAUAUCAAGACUCCUCAGGGAUGUCACAAGCCAUUGGAAGUCGUCAUUCUCUACGACGGCUCGGAAUCGAUGGAAGACAAGUUCAAGGAGAAAAUCUUUGAUUUCAUCAAAAACACCAUCAAACUGGUCGACUACAAGCUCAUGCGAGAUCGAUCUCAAGAGCCAAUUACUUUUACUCUCGUCCAAUUCUCCGGCUGCGACCAGUUGAUCAAGAACUACGAGCCUGGCUACGGAUACUACGAGCACAAGGAAAUGGAAGAGGCGAAAGGAGAUGUCAAAAAGGCGUUUGAGAAGGUUUCCAAGAAGCCUGGAUUCUGGAAGGGGCGACUGGGUAUGGCAGCCCCUGGACAGUUUCAUUGGAAAAUGGGACCGACCUUUAGCUCCAGCGCUCUUUGCGAAAACGCAUACACGCAAUUGGACGGCUUCUUCAACACGGAAGAGUUGCUCAAAGGAUCCUCUAACUUAUUCCUCGCUCUUCAAGACAUCACGACUAAGGAGUUCAAAGAAAGCUCGAGCAAACUGAUGGCCUCCAAGACAAAUAAGAAGGACGUCGACAGAGUGCUCAUUGUCAUUACUGACGAUAAAGCAUUUGAUGCUUCCGAAAUUAAAAACUUGCGAGUGAUGGGGCAACCUGACUUGACAGAUGCUGCUGAUAAGCAACAAGCUGUUUGGAACAUGGUCUACAGUCACUUCAAAACUGUUUAUCCGGUGAUCUUCAAGACGGCUGACAUCCUCAAGCCGAAUGUUUCACGAAUGUUCCACGAUGCCGGACUCAAAACCGACGCAUUCUACGUUGAUGAAGUGCACUCUGACUUCCACUUUCAGCGAAUUGGAAAGACCAUCCAGACAGCUACUUUCGAAAAAUAA